CUGUGACUGACUUGCUCAGUUAGCCGUUAGCCUCUACAUGCUGCUGCUGUGCUGAUUAGUGUUUUUCCCCCCCCUUUUUCUUCUGGAAAUUUCCCCAUUCUAUCGUUCAUCCCGGUGUGUGAGGGCGAUGCGGAAGGCGUGCACGGGUCGUGGUCAUGUGACCCGACCCCACCGUUGGUGACAGGGUCAUGGAAGCAACUGGGUCCUACUGCCCCCUGAGUUACUGCCCCAACACAGCUGCAGGUUGUGUGUGUGUACGUGCGUGUUAGGCGUUGGCUCCGAUGAGAAUGUCUGAAGGCGCGCUGGAGGAAAGACCCUGCGACGCGAUGAAAGUCCUAGAAAGCGACGGCCUUCCCAAACCGCGCAGCCCCGCCCACACACACGAUCACACCUCCACACACACACAGCACCAAGAGCACACACACAGCGAGGGUGUGAAAGAACAGAGCUGCUCGGACCUCAGUAAUCAAACACAGCCGUCCACCACAGCGGGACAGCCGAUGAGGCGCUCCAAGUCAAAUGCAAAAGUAAAAUUAGUCCGGAGUUUGGCGGUGUGUGAAGAAUCGCCGCCUACGAUCGCCGAACCGCCACACCAGGAUAAGAUCCAUUUGCAGCUCAGCCAGGCUUUAGAGAGAGAGGAAGCUGCCAGCGGGGAUGAAGAACACGCAGAAAAGAGCCCGGAAAAGACAGAGCGAGUCGACAAAGUGCCAAGAAGAUCACUGUCGAGAGACCCCAGUCAGGAGUACACCGACUCCACAGGCAUCGAUCUCCAUGAAUUUCUGGUCAACACACUGAAGAACAAUCCUCGGGACCGAAUGAUGCUGCUGAAGCUGGAGCAGGACAUUCUGGACUUCAUCAGUAACAAUGAUUCCCACAAGAGGAAGUUCCCCCCGAUGACAUCAUACCACCGGAUGCUUCUGCACAGAGUGGCGGCGUAUUUCGGCCUGGAACACAACGUCGACCAGACCGGCAAAUCAGUCAUCAUCAACAAAACCAGCAAUACCAGGAUACCGGAUCAGAAGUUCUCAGAGCACAUAAAAGACGACAAAACUGAUGAUUUCCAAAAGCGUUACAUCCUGAAAAGGGACAGCCUCAGUCUGGACCAGGAGGACGGCAGGCUGAGGAUGCGCCUGAAGGACGACCGGAGAAGCAAAUCCAUCGAGGAGAGAGAGGAGGAGUACCAAAGAGCGAGAGAGCGCAUCUUCGCUCAGGACGGGCAAGAUCAUUUCCAGUAUGAUAAAAGGAUUCAGGAUGACGUGGGUUAUAUUAGCAGUCAUCAGAAGCGGCAAAUUUUCAGACUGAGAGACAGCAGUUCGGAAAACGAGCCACGGAGCCUGGAUCCCCGGCCGUGGAGCAGCACGGACUCUGACAGCUCGCACCGGAACGGCAGGCCGGCCAUCACCAAAGCCAGCAGCUUCAGCAGCAUCAGCGUGCUCAUCCGCAGAGACAGCACUGCUAGCAGCAGGAGCACGGGGAGGCUGUCGAAAACCGGUUCUGACUCCUGUAGUAGUGUAGGUUCAUCCAACGGCUCUCUCUCUCGCCCUGCCUUGUCGUUACCCGUCCAAGCUGUGCCCGCUCCGACGAGGCAUGCCGGGGCUGGCACCGGAGACCCCGGCCCUCAAAGCUCCGCCACAAACCCUACCACCCGCGCUGAUACUAACACUAGUGCUAACUCUAUCACAAGCUACUACCUCCUUCCUCUGGAGGCCUCGGGAAUCCCAGCGGGUAGCGUUCUGCUCCACCCUCAGACAGCAGGUCAGCCGUUCUCGAACCCCGACGGCAGCGCCGUGGUCUACAACCAUGCCUUGACAUCUCAGCAGGGGAGGGGCCAGCAGCCCAUGGCUCCGCCUCCUCCACCUCCGCCUCAUCCGCACCUCCAACAGCACCAGCCAUCCAAUCAUGUCGUGACACAGCAUUGUGGUCAGUGUGUGCAGUACUCAGCGAUCUCUUAUCCUCCUCCUCCUCCUCCUCCGCUCCUGCCUGUUCCUCUAAACCAACACUACACUGUGCAGGACAGUCUGGGGAACCAGUUCAGCCAGUUAAGCCUGGCACCAGGGGAAGUGCCAGACCACCAGACGGGCGUCUUUUCCCACUCCAUGGUGCUCCAGAAUCCGGCCCCCACCGGCUACAUGCUCCAGCCCGGUCAGCCCGUCCCCGUGCCCGCAUACCCGCCACCCACGCCAAGCAUCCAGCAGCAGGGAUACAUUCAGCAGCCUGUGCAGCAGAUGACAGCAUGUUACUGUGCUCCGGGUCAGUAUCCCCACUCGAACCAGCACUACAGGCCAGUCACCCCAGUACACUACAGCGCGCCCCAGAGUCAACCAGUACCACCGCAACAACCAGGUUAUCAGACCGUCAUGCCCAGUCAAGCGCCCAACUACCAAGGAAUGAUGGGAGCUCAGCAGCCUCAGAGCCAGUCACUGGUCAGCAACCAGGCAGGGAUAACCAAUCAGAUUCAGGGAGUCGUGGUGCAGUACCCGCAUAUGCCACCUUAUCAGGGCUCGCAGAACGUUCCUCAGCCAGCCUAUCAGCAGCAGCUUGUCCUGCAGGCGCCGACCAAUCAGGCGCCGGUGCCCUCGGCUAGCAUGCAGGUGUACUACAGCGUCCUACCACCGGGGCAACACACCACUGUUGGCUCCACUGUGGGCUUCCUGCCGCCUCCGGGUUCCGAACAGAUGCCGUUCCCCAGGGCCGCCUCUCCCUGCGGCUCCCAGCCAAUCCCGACGCAGCAGUGCACAGGUGUGCCUCCAGCGCCCCCUGGUGGCAGUGGCGGCGGUGUGCUGAUGAUGCAGCUGAGCGUCCCUCCUGCUCCUCCUCCUGCUCCUCAUUCUGCCACACAGUGGAAGCAAAACAAAUACUACAGCCUGGACCAUCAGCACCAACACCACGGCUCCAAACCGUCCGAGCUGAGCCUGAUGGACACGACACAGAACAAUCCUCAGCUGACCAGCCCCGCCCCUUCCCCCACCCACUCUCCUGGUCCACCCCAUUUGGUCAAUUUAAAGGGAAUCCGUCCUGGCCUCGCCCCACUCCCGAUCAUGCCCCAGUUCUCCAGACCGUUCCUCCAAGGUGACGCCAGGUAUCCAUUACUCGGACAGCCUCUCCAGUACAACCACCCCAUCAGACCUCCUCUAAUGCACGGCCCUCAUCUGGUCAACCACCAUUACCAUCACCAUCAGGGUCCUCUGGGUAUCCGACAUGGGGGACACGGCCGAAGACCAACAAAGAAAUCUCUGUCCACUGAUAGUAGCACAGGGGAGCUAGCGACCGGUCGUGUUCUGGAGGUGACGGACCUGCCAGCAGGCAUCAGCCGCGCCGAGGCCGACUCUCUGCUGGCAGAGCUGGGCAAGGCAGGCGCGUUCAUCAAAUGGCUGCCCGAGCAGCCCCAGCAUCCCCAGCGCUCGGAGAGCAGCACCGUGACCUCUGCCCCUUCCCCUGUGACCCCACGCGACCUCGCCUCCACCUACACCAUCCUGGCCAGCUUCCCGUCAAAGCAGGCGGCACAGAGUGCGCUGCUCAAACUCAACACCUCCUUCAGCCUGUUCAGACUUAAGGCCUUCCAGAGGGCUGGCUCCCAGUGAGGCCAUGCUUCCUCAUCCUCAAACCCCCACCACUCACCCCUUCACCACCACCAUUUCCUGCCUCACUACUUCAUGUUUCUGUUGCGUUUUAUGUUCUUGAGGGUUUUUUUUUUUUUGCAUUACUGUGGAGACCCGAGUUUGAUAGUUGUCUGGGGCUUUUUGUUCCCACUGGGGUUUGUUUAAAAUGGGGGAUAUAAAGGAAAAAAAAAAGGAAAAAAAAUCUGAACCGUAACUGUUGACUUGAGAUUAUUUAAUCUAACCGAAAAAAAACCACAAACAAAAAAAAAAAAAAGACACGUUUUGCAUUUUUUUCUAAAGACUCCGAGAUGCUUUACCACAAAGACAGCAUGGUUGAUUUUGUACUGCAGAAUGGAAGCUUGGACCACGUGCACUUGCUGUUUGUCUUGUUUGUGAUUUCUUUUUUUUUUUU